CCUUGUCACACACAGCAUAAACGUGUUAACGAUUGGCACCAGGGGCAUUAUCAGGCCAACAACUAAGCUAAAAACAGCUAGCUUUUUCCUACCAGCUAGUCACUUACCAGAGGCCGAGUAGCGUCUCUAGUUGCAAGGCAACGCGGUGGUUUGACACAAGUCCAAGUUAGCCAUGGGGUGGGUAACAGGUUCAUUCUGUCUUGUCUACUUCGAGCUUCAGUCCCUCGAAAGAAACAACAAAAGCAAAACCAAGCAAGUUGAGGGGACCAGGAGGGAUGACAGCGACGAUAUCGACGCACUGCUGGAUGAGAUCCUUGAUGAUGACGAUAACAAGAGUAGUCCAGCCAUUUCUAAUAGUAAAAAAGUUACCAGGAGUGGGAUGGAUCAUUCAGCUACCCAAGUAGUAAAAAGAAAAUGCUGUCCAGUGUUUGUUGGUGGAAGUACCACACCACAUGGUAUAGGAACAAGCAACUCCAAAAGGGCAUGCGAUCAGUUGAGGUGCAUCUCCUGCGAUUUCCGAAUCGCGUCGUUUGAUGAUUACGAGUGGGACUCCACAUGUGAUUACCUCUUCUUCAGGAACAACAUGCCGGACUGCCAGCGCCUGCGUGCCAAGCUGAGGCGGUGUAAGGGGGCGCGGGCAUACGCCUGCCAGUGUAGCUGGCACACGGCACUGGCGCUCGGCGACCUCGCGGGCCAGACCCAGGCCCAGCUGCGAUGGGUGUGCGGCGCCCACGAUACGUGAUGCCAAGCCCAGCUAGCCCACACUGGCCCCCGGGGACCCAGGCAGAUUCCCAGCUCAGAUGGGUCUGCGGCAGCCACAUUGAGAGUACACAAUCUCUGGGCACCCACCAUACUGUGACCAAGCCACUCCGCACAAUCCCUCCGGCAGCCGUCGCUGUAUUCUGCCGUGUUACCUGACAACAUGCAGCGCUACUCUUCUACUCCUCACAGGUUCUUUUGAUAUGUCGCUGUAUUUUGCUGUGUUACCUGACAACAUGCAGCGCUACAGAGCUACAGAGCUACUACUCGACACUGGUUCUUUUGAUAAGUCAUUUUUUCUGUGGCAGCACCCACCAUAUACACAGCGUUGUUAAUGAAACGCUGAUGGAGUUGAUUUAACAUCCUCAAGAGUAUGUAAGACAAAGGAGAUACGCACUCUGGCGCUUCUAAAUUAACAAUCCGGCGCAACCAGAGCAGGACUAAAUCCUAAGUAGAAAGGGAAAAGAAUCUGGUGCCACAUGGAUGUCUAUUUUCUGUUAUUUAUUUGUAUCACGCAGUAAAACUAACGUUUUGACAUGAUAGUCCUCAGAGACUCUGA